ACAUUGUUGGUUACAAACACCUGAGUGCUUAUCUCUGGUAUGAUUAUAUUAUGAAAAUAAGUUAAUAGAGGGUGAAGAGCAGUAGUUUUCUGGUCCAACCCCAAAAACUCACUGUAGAAAGAUAGAGGUGGCAGUAGCAGCGUCAUAACAGCAAGUCAAGUCAGUUUUAUUUAUAUAGCACCAAAUCACAACAGAAGUUAUCUCGAGGCAGUCUACUUAUAGAGCAGGUCUAGACCGUACUCUUUAUCUUAUAAAAUUUACAGAGAGAAACCCAACAGAUCCACCACGAGCAGCACGAGGUGACUGUGGUAAAAGGCAGAAACCUCGAGCAGAACCAGACUCAGAGUGGGCGGCCAUCUGCCUCGACUAGUUGGGUAUAGACAGAGGGGGGGACAACAGUGAUACAGUAGAAAGACAACAGUGAUACAGUAGAGCACAGUGAUACAGGCAGUUCUCCUGUAGUUGAAUGAUUUUUCUCCAUCAGGAUCAAAUUCAGAAUGAGUAUUCAAAUAUAACUUUCCUGACUAAGUUUAAUACAAAGUGGAGGAAACAAUUUUCUCUGUAGUCUAAGAAUCUAGAUGGUUCUCACUGACCUGACUAGCCCACGCUGUUGACACUGAUCAUUUUACUUUGCUUCCCUUUACUGAGAUGACUUUGUCAUUUUUCUUGCAGGACAGUCACGUGGUUCAAACUGAAACUGAGAGGAAGGAAACAUUAAAAAAAAAAAUGUGUGUCUAAUUGCGUAACUGUCUCUUAAAUAACCGUACAAACAGGGAGUGAAGUGACAGAGUCAGUUCACCUGCAGCUGACUGACUUUAUCCCUCAGGAUCAAAUUCAGAAUGAAUCUCCACCAUGUUCUGUUCUUCUGCUUCUUCUCAGCACUGUGUGGUGGAAACUCUGGGAUCAACAUCUAUACAGGACCUGAAGGAGGAAGUGGAACAAUUAAUUGCCACUUUACUCUGCCUGGAAACAGGAAGUUCUUCUGUAAGAACGAAUGUAAAGGAGAAGACAUUCUCGUUCAAACAGAUGAUGUCAGAGCUAACAGAGGCAGGUACAGCAUUGAAUAUAAAGGUGAAUCUUCUGGAAGAGGAAUUGUGUCUAUGACCAUCAGAAAUCUGACCCAGUCUGACUCAGGUACACAGUACAGGUGUGGUCUUGGUGGAUCUUUGGUUCCAGAUUCCUUCUGGGACUUUGAGGUCAGAGUUUCAGAUGAGCUGCUGGACAGAAAGUCUGGUUUUAUCAGAACAAACAUAGAAGGAGAAAAUGUCACAUAUCCAUGCAUCGAUGCUGUGAACAGAAGCAGAAUCUUCUUCUGUAAGGGAGAAUGUAAAAAAGAAGAGGACAUUCUCAUUGAAACAGAUAAGAGCAGAGCUCAGAGUGGCAGAUACAGCAUUGAAUAUAAAGAAGGAUCUACAUUUGGACUGGAUGUCACAAUCACACAGGUGCUCAAGUCAGACUCAGGACAGUACAGGUGUGGUUAUGGCAGAGCUUUGUCUCCUGAUUCAUCACGCACGUUCUCAGUCAUUGUUGUAGACGCUCCGACCACUUCAAAACCAACCUGGACUCACCGACCUUCCUCAACAUCAGUCCCAUCAGCCUCUACACCACCACCAAUAAUCUCCAGUCAAGGUGUGCUGCUGUAUGUGGGUCUGACUCUGGUCGUUGUGUUCAUCCUUUCAUCACUGGCUGUGCUGAUAAUCUGCAUUAAGAGGAACCCCACACUCUGUGGUUUGAGGACCAGAGGAAACUCAGACGCCACAAACAUGGAGAUUAGCCCCUAUGAGAACUGUCCUCCAGUCUCCAAACAUGAAGACUCCACCUACCAGAGCCUCAGUCCAGCCAGCAUGGAUCAGGAUGAGACUUAUGAGACUUUGUGAAUUCAGACUUGGAUUUUGUUACUGUGACUCAAGGUUUCAGUUUGUUUUCUGGCCCUGAGAACUCAGUACAGUGCAAAUUAAGUAUCAAAAAGUGGACGUUAAAAACCAGUCAGACAGAAAUCCUUGUCAUUGGCUCCCAGCACAUUACAAGACAAACUCUGCCACCUGCUGGUUCUCUGCUGGAACAUGUCAUGUCUGUUUGAUAGAAAUUGAAGCUUUGAGCAGCUUUCAUUCAUGCAGCCUUUUUACUGGUCUUAACCAAAAGUUUUAUUGAUGGACUCCAGACUGAACUGAGAUCAGCUGCCAGGUUUCUAACCAGAACCAAGAGCAGUGGUCACAUCACUCCUGUUCAAGAGGAGGGCUGAUUAACAGUUUCAUCACCUCAUCAUUCAGCUGUUGUUAGAGCCUCGUGGAGGUGAUAAUGAGACAUUUACUCUGAAAAUGUUCACUGAAAAAAUCAUCCCAGGAAAGAUGAGAAAGAUUUUUUCAGUCUUUCAGACUGAAGUUGAAGUUUGUCAUUUUUCAGCCUGUUUCUUCAGCUAAUAUUCAGUUCAGUGUUUUCAGCGUUGGUAUUAUCUCUAUUCCUCUUUUAAUGUAGUUUUACUUUAAUAAGAAUAAUAUCAUAAUAAUCUUUAUUUGUGGAGAAUUUUUCACAAUUCAAAACCAAUUCCAGCGAUGUAAGAUAAAGGAAAUUCAAAAAGGGGGUUCAUUCAUUGUGUAUAUCCAUUUCUCUCUUUUUCUUUAUGCAGUGAGAAAUGUUUUGUUUUGUUGAAGUGUACAGAUAUAUUUGAUAUUUCUGUCUAAUGUUUGAUGUUGACUUCAGAUUCUACUGUGUUGCAGUUACUGAGAUUUGUGCUACAGUGCAACAAAGCUUUCUCACAAUGA